GGCGCGGCCAAGCGGGAGGCGGAGGAGCGGCCCAGCGGCAGCGGCGGCAAGGGCGAGGAGGUUCGCCAGGCCCUCCUCCGCCACUUUGGCCCCAGGGAAGGCUGGUCGGCGGCCCUGGUCCAGGACUUCGGGGCCCUGGUGCCUGUGGUGGACGCGCCGCCGCCAGCGAAGCCCUUGGCCGAGCUGUCGCUCCAGGCCCUCCUGGCCAGGGAGGCGAAGAUCAAGGGCCAGGUCAACCUUGCCGAAACAGCGCUGGUGGCCGUCCAGGAGGAGCAGGCGGCCGUCGCGGUCCGCGUGGCGGAGGAGGCGGACGUCCUCCAGAAGCGGCGCGACCACCUGGAGGAGGUGGCCGGGGCUGUGCGCGCGAGGAAGCGCGCUGACCUGGAGCAGCACAAGGGGCCGUCGCCCAUGGAGGUGGGCGAGCCUGUGGAGGCCGAGGACGGCCUGGGCAAGGUGCUGCUCGAGGGCCUCGAGGGCUUCGAGGCGGAGCGGGAGCGGGUCCUCUUGCUCGGGGGGGAGGGUGGCGCCCUGCUCGCGAUGGCCGCCGAGGCCCGCAGCCUCGUGGAGAAGCUCGCCGCCGCCGGCGCCCGUGCUCGUGAGGCAGCGGCGGCCGAGCGGGCCCGCGCUGCUGCAGCCGCGGCCGAGCGGGCCGCCGCGGCGCAGGAGGCCGCCCCCGCGGCUGAUGGCAGUGAUGACGGCGCUGAUGGUUCUCCUGGGGACCGCAAGCGCGUCGGCGACUUCGACCUCGGCCCCGAGCUCGUCGGGCCCGACGCCGUGUUCGACGAGGUGGGCAUGGAGGGCGAGCAGCGGCGCGCAGCCUGGCGCGCAGCGCUGGCCAAGCGCCAGCGGGCGCUGGUCGAGUGGCUGCACGACGACGUGGGGCGGCUGCCUGCGGUGCUCUGCCUCCAUGAGCAUCGCCUCAAGGGCAAGCAGGCGAUGGCUCGCGCGGCGGGCUGGAUGCAGGCGCGCGGCUUCAGCUGGCAUGGCCAGGCAGCGCUGCCGACGGGCUCAGGGCCGCUGGAGAGCUCGGGCGGAGUGGCCGCGGCCACGCUGCGGCCGUCGGCGGCCGCCGCCGCGCCAGGGUUCCCUGCCCAUCGGUUCCAGGUGUGUGAGGUGAACCUGGGUUUCAGGGAGCCGUGCCGCGUCAUCUCGGCCUACUUCAUCACGAAGAUAGGCAGGGCGAAGGAGAACAUCGGGCUCCUGGCAGCGCUGCACGAGUUCGUGGGGCAGCUGGAGUCGCCGUGGGUCGUGAUGGGCGACUGGAACAUGGAGCCCGUGGGCGUCCGUGAGUGGGCGCGCAGCGCAGGUGCGCUAGUGUGCCCAGAGGAGCCGACCUGCGGCUCGAAGGUCUUCGACUUCGCGGUGGUCAGCAGGGUCCUCACGGGCUUUGUGGACGUGGCCGAGGUGCUGCUGAGGGCGCCGACGAUGGACCACGUGCCGUUCAAGGUGGUGCUCCGCGGCGUAGGACCAGAGUCGAUCGAGGGGGGCUGCCGGGAGUGGUUCGAGGCGGUCGAGGCCUACCUGAUCGACCUCUACGAGAUCGCGCCGCCCAGCCGCUGGAAGGGGCGCGCGGGCGGGCUUCGCGCGCAGAGGGUCGUGAUGGAGGUGGCCUGGAAGCAGGGCUGCAAGAGGGGCGUCGGCGCUGCCUGCAGGCGCUGGAUGUCGUUCGCGGCGGCAUGCGCCCGCUGGCGCGCGCUGCAGGAGGCGGCGACUGGAGGGCGCUGUAGGGCGCCGCUGCGAAAGCAGCAGGAGGUGCUGAUGGCGUUCGAGCUCGAGUGGCCAGAGGAGGGCCCGCUGGCAGGGCUGUCGGUGGCCCGCGCGAUGAGCCCGCUCAGCUCCUCCUCGUGCCAGCUGACGGCGCAGUUCGUCCAGGAAGAGGCGAGACGGCGCUGGAGGCUGGACAAGCAGCGGAAGGCCGCGGAGUGGCGCGCCUGGGCCCAGGCCGCGGCCACCGAGAAGGGCGGCUCGGCGGCCUACCGGUUCAUCAAGCAGGUCGCGGUGGUGCCCACGGAGGUGCUCUCGGGCGUGGACGGCGGCGACGACCUGCGCAUGCCCGUCGCGGGCGAGGCUGCAGUGGCGGCGCUGCUGGAGACGCGGCGGCCGCUCUGGGUCAAGCCGUCGCGGGCAGGCGAGGCAGCGCCUGAGAACUGGGACAUCCAGGAGUCGGUGUUGCCGCCGCUGGAGCUUGAGGACCUCGAGCGCGUCCUGGGCACCUACCGCGAGGGGUGUGGCCUUGGGUGGGAUCGGCCCCGCCCGGAGCAGCUGCUGCGCCUCCCGCGGACCUACAGGCGGCGCUUCCUGGAGCUCCUCAUGGCCUGGGGGCGGAAGCCUUCGCGGGAGGCGCUGCGGCAGCUGAUCGUGGUGUUCGUCCCCAAGGCCACUGGCGGCCAGCGGCCGAUCGGCCUCGCGGCCAUCUGGCUGAGGGUCUGGGGCAGGCUGCGGCAGCCGCUGGUGGCCCGCUGGGGGGCCUCGCUGCAGAACCCUGCCUUCUGGGGCACGUCGGAGAGCCCGUGCGAGCGCGCGGGGGCGGUCCGCAAUCUCCCGCACGUCAGCCACGAGGAGCUGCGCGUGCAGGCGGCCGCCACGGAGCUCCCGCUCGCGCUGCUGCGGUGCUACUGCGUGCCGUGCCGCACGCAGCGCCGCGUGUCCUGGCGCGGCUUGGUCUCCAAGCCGCUCGGGGCGAACGGCGCCAUCGUGGCGGGCUGCAGCGGUGCGGCCAGGCUGGCCAAGCUGCUGGUGCACACCCUCUUCGUGAAGAUCGUGCGAGAGAACCCUGUGGUGCGCCUGCAGAAUGUUGUCGACGACGCGCUGCUGCAGGCGGUCGGCGGCAGGGCGCAGGUGGCGCAGCAGCUCCCCAGGGCCACGGCGGCCCUCACGGAGGGCCUGGUCGCCAAGGGGCUGGUCAUCUCGCAGGCGAAGACGGGCUACCUGGCGAACAGUGAGGACCUCGGCGACGAGCUGGACGGCUGCUGGGCGCAUGGGCCGCUGGCCCGCUGGACUGGCGCCCGAUGCCUCGGCGGCGACGCCGCCGAUGGGCGCUGGAGGCGCGUGCGUGAGCAGGGCGCUCGGCUUGGUGCGCAGGUGGGCCACAUCCAGAGAGGCAGCCCCGCGGCCACUGCCAUCUGGGGCUCCGCGGUGACGGGCCUCGCCUGUGGGAAGCUGCACGGCCUUCGGAUCGCCGCCAUGCGUGCGGAAGGCAGGUUGCCCAUGGGCGCCAGCGUCGGCCUGCGGCUGCGGGCGAUGCGCGGCGCGGCCUACCGCGACCCCUUCGUGGUGCAUGCGGUGGAGGUGGCGCGCUCCUGGGGCAUGACGCUGGAGACGGGCCUGCCCAGCGCCGUGGUGGUGCAGGAGUGCUGGCUCGGGGCAUGCGCGCUGGCGCUGAGGCGGGUCGGCAUCGAGAUGGUGGCCUUCAAUGCCGUCAUUGACUGGCAGGCGCGCGUCCUCUCGCUGGAGUUCUACUCGCCUGGCAUGCCGGGGCAGGCCGACGCCGAGGCCGCCGAGGGCGCAGGCUGCCAGGGGCCCGCGCCGCCGCAGCCGCACUGGCAGGCCCGCCACAGGCGAAUGCUCGCAGCGGUCCUUGGCGGCCCCCACUGGCCGCAGGAGCGCCUCUGGAAGGAGGGCAAGGCGCGCGACGGCCUGCGCCGCCUCUGCGGAGGCCGCGGCACGCUGCGGCACAGGGCCUUCGAGUGCGAGGCCUGGCAGAUGCUGCGGCGGGAUGCGUGCUCGCGGGAGCUGCUGGAGGGGGCGCGGCUGGUGGCGCAGCGCGGGGACGUUGCGGCGGAGCUCUUCGCGCGGGCGCUGUGCCCCGACCCCGCCCUGGCCUUCCCCGCGACGGCCGACGCCGCGCUCGCGGCCCCGCGCUGGUUCGGAGCGCCGCCUGGCUCGAAGUUCGAGGGCAGGGUCUUCGUGGACGGCAGCGCCGGGUUUCCUGCGCUGCGCGGGGCCCGCCGCGCUGGCUGGGCGGUCGUGCAGAUCGGCCUCAGCGGGGAGGUCAUUGGCGGGAUGCGCGGCAUCGUCCCGCGGGCGUGCGGGCCCAAGCAGGAGGCCAGGGACGGCGAGGACUACGCGUUCCACAUGCUGGCCCAGUUCUGGUUCCCGUCGGCCGAUGGCUCGGGCCUCGAGUUCUUCUGCGACUGCGCGGGCACGGUCGGCUUGGCGCUCUCGCAGGGCAACGCCCUCGCGCCACUGCAGGCCCCGACGGCCACGGCGCGGAAGGUCAAGGCGCACAAGGAGCUCUCGGCAGCUGCCACCUGGGAGGAGGAGCUCCUGAUCAGGGGCAACAGGGCAGCUGACCUGUGGGCCAAGCGAGGCGCGGCGCUGUGGCCGAUCGACGAGGAGCAGGUCUGGUUCCUACAGGCGUGCGCCUGGCGCGCGGAGGAGCUCGGGCGCUGGUUCGGCGAGCUGGCCGCCACCAUGGUGGACAGAGAGCAACUGGACUCAGACGGGGUCGUGGGCACGGCCGACCUCGUCUACAUCACCCCGCAGGAGGCGCUCGGCGCGGCGGAGCAGGCCGACGCGGAGGUGGCGGCGCUGGCGCUCGAGGCCGACCUCGAGCUCGGCCAGACGCCUGGCGCUGCUGCUGGGGCUGCUGCUGGAGAGGAGCAUGGCCAGGCGCCCGCCGCUGCCGCGGCUGCCGAGCUGGCGGAGGCGGCCGUGGCCGCUCCCGAGCUGAAGGCCGCGAUUGCAGGAGCUGGAGUGGCGCGGGAGGUUCGUGGGCACUGCGUCGUCGUCUCGCGCCUCGAGAAUGGAGAUGGUGCCGUGGCUUGGUGCAUGAAGUGUGGCUGCCGAUUCUGGAAGCGGCCCCCUCCUGCUGGGACAGGCCUGCUGGGCAGCUGCAAGGGGCGGCCAGCCCCAGGAGAAAGGGCGGCGGAGGCGCGGCGGCUCCUGAUGCGCCUCCAGGAGCCCAAGAGCAAGGCCAGGCUCUCGGACCCCCAGCCGCCCACGCUGGAGGAGCAGGCGCGGCUCGCGGCGGUGCUCCGCGACGGCGCAGGCGGCGAGGCAGGUGCAGGCGCUCCCGCUGGUGCAGGGAGGCCGCCGCGCUGGGGGCUGCGGCCCGUCGUGGCGGACGCCCGGCAGGCGGCGGAGCUCCACGGCUUCGCCUCGCCCGCCGCUGCGGCCCGCUGGGCGAGGGCUCGCGCGGCGGCGGGCAGGGAGUCGCCCGUCGGCGACGGUGGCGCG